AAAAGAGGAAGUGGUUUAUAGAAGAAAGUGAUGCAAUCUCUUCUGUGGUACUAAUAAAGUUCAAAAUCAUUCCAACUGAGGGCAGAAAACUAACUGAAGUGCAAGAAACUACUGCAUGGAGAGUUUUCUUUCAGAUCAUGCAAGUGUCCAAUAACCUAUUGCCUUGAUUGAUAAGGCUGAGCACAUUGUUUUUAUUUUUUAUUCAUUGAGGGAAUCUACCAAACUUGGGAGAGAGGAAGGAAAUUAUAUGUCUCAAUAUAUCUCAUUUACAGGAGGUUUGCAAAAAUAUAGGAUUCUUUUUAAUUUCUGCAAUGGCUGGAGAGAUAGUCUAUGCUGAUAUCAAACAUACAUCUUCAGAACAUUCAUCUUCACUCCAGAAAUCUGAUUCUCACCACCAUGGAAUUUUCCUGAAAGUUGGAUGUGCAAUGAUUAUCAUUCUUCUUCUAAUAGUAAUUGUGCUGAGCAUGCUUGUUAUUCAGUUCAAGUCUGCAAGACAAACUGAAGUGGAUAAUGAAUCAAAGAAGAAAUAUUGUACUGAGCAAAGUAAAUCUGAAGCAAACAGCUCAAUAGUUUCUUUCAAUUCUUCCUCUGUUCAUACAACAUGCCCCACCAAAGAUUGGAAGCUACAUGGGGGGAAAUGCUACUGGGUUGCUGAACAUGAAAAUAAGAAAUCUUGGAAUGAAAGUAAAAAUGACUGUGUCAUGAAAAAAUCACAUCUCAUGGUGGUCCGAGACUUCACUGAUACGACUUUCCUAUGGCAAAAUAUACAUGAUUCAUUUUGGGUUGGUUUGAGGAUUCCUCCUGGAGGGAAAUUAUGGACCUGGUUGGACAACAGCUCUUUUGACCCUCAGCUGUUUUCAGAUGAACGAGAGACCCGGAGUAUGAAAUGUGCCUGGGUGUCUUCUACCAAGAUAACCAAAGAAAAUUGUCAGAAAAGUUAUCCAUGGAUUUGUCAACUAUAAUCCACUUGGCAGAAAAUAAGUCUCUAUUUGUCUGACUAAGAGACACCACAUGAAGUUUGAGCUCAGAUCAUAAGAAAGCUCAGAAGGCUGUGUGUGUGUGUGUGUUUUAUAGUACUAUUCUCAGAAGUGUGGAAAGGGAGAUACACAAAAUAAAAUAUUUUAGAAAAUGA